AUGCCUUCUGCAUUCAGAAGAAGAGUGUGGCUACUGCUCGCUGCUACUCUCACCCUACAGCUGGUCAUCACACGAUCCGUCCGAGUUUUGAAACACGACUUCGACCCUUCACCUCAAAUCCUACUCCGAAGAAGUACCGACCAUGCUUCGUCAUCUUUACUCCACAUACCAUAUGAAGAAUGGUACUCCUCCGCUCCCGUCGCUGCGAAACCUUUCAUACUUCUCGCAUUAUCACUCGUUCUCUGCUUCUUGUUCUCCUUCAUCGGUAUCUCCGCCUCCGACUUCUUCUGUCCAAAUCUUUCUACUAUUGCCACUUAUCUAGGCUUGAGUGAAAGUACAGCCGGUGUGACGUUUCUGGCCUUCGGGAAUGGAAGUCCUGAUGUCUUCUCGACAUUUUCCGCAUUGAAGAACGGAACGUUUGGAUUGGCCAUUGGUGAAUUGAUAGGUGCAGCGACCUUCAGCAAGUUUACUCCAUGCUCAUUCGUCUCCAUCGUUGUUGGCUCCAUAGCUUUCAUACGACCUUUCCACGUACCCCGUUACGCCUUCGCAAGGGAUGUAACAUUCUUCACCCUGGCUGUGGUCGUGCUCAUCACCGUCCUACAUGAUGGCUCCCUCACUGUCUGGGAGUCAGGCGGUAUGGUCCUCCUCUAUGUCGCGUAUGUAGGCGUGAUAGUCACUGGUAAUUGGUUCAUCCGACGACGGCAUAGAAAAACCCCACACGGAUCAGGUUAUCUUUGGCAGGGAAUGGAAACCGAAACAACACCUCGUCCACCCAGUCUACAACUCCCAUCUCCUCGCAUUGAUAAUGCCCCAGAAGUGAUAAACCCAACCUUAGAACGUAACCCAUCCAUCACCGCUCUCCCACCCACAUCAAUCACCGAAGGAAGAUCAAGAUCUCCUUCCAUCAUCCGUUCCCCUCACCUUCACGCUUUACAUCAACCACAUGAGCAUGCUGUGGACACACCUCGAGCGACAUUCUCUCUCUUGGGAGCUAUAGAGUUCCGAGAUGUUGUAAAUUCUCUACGUAGAGAGUCACAGACUCGAACCAAUGGGUUGAACUUUUCCGAAAGUCCUACAGAACAGAAUGGCUCGGAAGACUAUUUCGGUCCUAUACGAGCUUACAACCAUAGACGAACGUUAUCCAGCGGUCUUCACAGAACACCUUCAGCAGACGGAACACAUCGUCGUACAGAAAGGCCAAAUAGACCGAGGGCGUCAUCCCUUCAUCCUGGAAUGUCUAAUCCAGUAGGACCAUCCAGAACAGAAUCUACCCCUAUCGUUCCUUCACACAAUCCUAUCUUUCCACGUCCUAAACCUAGAGAACACGUCACGGUACAUCCUCAAAUUCCUGAACCCAACCCAUGGUCGGAUCAACGUGGUUUUCCUCCCACACCCACUAGUCCAACAUUUGUUUCUAGCAGAACUCCUUCCCCCACAAAACCUGAACGACCAAAAGUGUUGAUUCCACAACAUGACUCCCUUCGACCGACCAAUGACAUACCUGUCAUAUCUGUGACUGAUCCAUUCGGAGCUGCUGGUGUACCAUCUCCUGAGCGAUCGUCCACCACAAUGGGCAAAGAAUCCCCCUUCCGGUUUCGUCGACGAACACGGAUCAUUCUUCGCGUCCUCUUUCCUUCUUUGCAAUCCUUCCGACACAAGUCUGUGUUAGGCAUGGUCCUAGCUGUCGUAUGUGUACCUGCUAUAUUGGCACUUACCGUCACCCUUCCAGUGGUGGACGACGGUUCCAAAGAUGAGGGAGGUGUAAAUUUACCUGAGGGGGAGAACGAGCCAUUGAAUGAAGAACGUACGAAUGGUGAGGACUAUCAAGAUGGUCAUGAAGAUUAUGAAGACUUUGAGGAAGAAUAUGAGGAUCGGAUGCUCACCCCUGAUAUUGGGGAAGAAUUACAUCAUCUGGUCGAUAACGGUUUUUCGCCAUUACAUUCACCAUUGAGGAGAAUAUCUCAUUCUGCGUUAAGAAGAAUGGCAGAAGAUCUGGAGAACCAAAGGGAAAGAGGAAAGGAAGAGACGGAGGAAGAGGAACAAGAGGAAGCGUUAGAUUUUCAACCUGUUUUGACUGCUUUACAAUGUGUUUUGGGACCUUUGUUCUGUACUUUGGUCAUGUUUCAUGGACUGUCAUAUAUGAAAUACAUACUGCUCGGAGUGGGCAUAGCGGGGAUCUUAGCAGCGAUCCUCGUCCUUCGACUAGCUACAGAUGGAACACAACGACCAUGGAGGUUGGUGAGAUGUUUUGCGGGCUUCAUCUGUUCGAUGGUCUGGAUCGCUGCUAUAGCUGACGAGGUGGUGAGGGUGUUAGGGGCCAUUGGUGAGAUCCUAGGUUUGAGCGACGCCAUCAUAGGUCUCACGAUCUUCGCUGUAGGUAACAGUCUGGCGGAUUUGGUGGCCAAUGUUACCGUGGCUCAAUUUGCGCCUGCCAUGGCUUAUGCGGCAUGUUUUGGUGGACCGAUGCUCAAUCUGUUACUUGGCGUAGGAGGUUCCGGCACUUAUUCCAUCCUCGCCACCCCUUAUCAUCUCCCAGUCAAAGUUGAUUUCUCUCCCACACUCUGGGUCUCAGCCUCUGGUCUAGUCUUGGUAUUACUAGCCACGGCAAUCUUCGUCCCUUUAAACGGAUACCUCAUAGAUCGUCGAUGGGCUUGUGUGUUAAUCGGGACAUAUUGCGUGUUGAUGGGUGUGAAUGUGGGUGUUGAAGUGACUAUGGGUCGGGAUUAGUCCGACGUCUACUUUAGUCUAUAAACCUAGGCUUCUUGGUCGGUAUCAGCGACGUAAUCUAGACUUCAUAUCUCUUGGUCGAGUGGAAGUCAUGGGGAUGGUGAUAUAUCUUGUUGAGAAUGUAUUGUUGUAUAUAUGUUGG